AUGGCUGUUUGUGGAGUUUUCAAAGGUUUUGCCCGAGAUUCCAAAAGGGCUUCCGCUAAGCCCACGAUACGCCAAGAUAUGCUUGCACUAUUCCGGGUUGUGAUAGAGCUUUCCACCGCAAGGCUCUCUUGGACCGACACCAACAGCGGCACGAACUGGACGAAGAGAAGUCACCGAGAAGCCGCAGAACGUCUGCAGGCUCCCUGGAUGGAAGUGCUCGUCUCGGGCUGCACCCCUCCGUCAUGA